AUGAAGUUUAUGAAACUUGGAUCUAAGCCGGAUUCUUUUCAGACAGAGGGAGAUGAUAUCAGGUAUGUGGCUACUGAAUUGGCAACUGAUAUAGAAGUGAAUGUUGGGGAUGUAAAAUUCUAUCUUCACAAGUUCCCUCUAUUAUCCAAGAGCUCCCGUCUCCAGAAGUUGGUUUCGAGCUUGAAUGACGAGGGCAGUGAUGAAAUUACCAUUCUGGAUAUCCCUGGUGGUCCUGCUGCUUUCGAGAUAUGUGCAAAGUUUUGCUAUGGCAUGACGGUUACGCUCAAUGCAUACAAUGUGGUUGCAGCUCGGUGUGCAGCAGAGUAUCUCGAAAUGUACGAGUCUGUAGAGAAAGGAAACCUGGUCUACAAGAUCGAAGUCUUUCUCAACUCCAGCAUUUUCAGAAGCUGGAAAGACUCCAUCAUUGUUCUCCAAACUACAAGGUCAUUCCUCCCAUGGUCUGAGGAAUUAAAGCUGGUCAGCCGGUGCCUUGACUCCAUAGCUUCCAAAGCUUGCAUUGACACUUCUAGGGUGGAUUGGUCAUAUACCUAUAACAGGAAGAAGCUUCCAUCUGAGAGUGGGAAGGAUCCAUUAUGGAAUGGUGGUAGGAAACCGAAUGAGGUUCCUAAAGAUUGGUGGGUAGAAGACCUUUGUGAGCUUCAGAUUGAUUUAUACAAAAGGGUUAUUGUCACCAUGAAAACAAACAGGAAUGUAUCCAGUGAAGUAAUAGGUGAAGCAUUGCAUGCAUAUGCUUUGAGAAGACUGCCUGGUUUCAGCAAGGGCACCAUUCAGAAUGGUGAUAUCUCUAAAUACCGAUCUGUGGGGGAAACCAUUAUGUGGCUACUGCCAGAAGAGAAAGGCAGUGUUCCUUGUGAGUUCUUGCUGAAGUUGCUAAGAGCUGCAAUUAUGCUUGGCUUUGGAGACAGGGAAAAGAAUGAACUGAUAAGUAGAAUCAGCCAACAACUCGAGGAGGCUACUGUCCCUGAUCUUUUGAUUCCAGCCCAAGCUGGGGGAGAGACGACCAUGUUUGAUGUUGAUAUAGUACAUACACUUGUCGAGGAAUUUGUGAAAUGUGAACUGAAGGAGCAGGAGAUCGUUCUUGUUGAGAGCAUUAGCCCGAAGUUUGGUGCAGAUGCCUCUAAGGUUCAAGUAGCUAAGUUGGUGGAGGGUUAUCUUGCUGAAAUAGCUCGAGAUCCCGACUUACCACUCUCAAAGUUUCUUGACCUUGCUGAACUCGUAUCAAGCUUCCCUAGACCAUCCCAUGAUGGAUUAUACCGAGCCAUUGACAUGUAUCUCAAGGAACAUCCUGGGAUUAGUAAGAGCGAGAAGAAGAGGAUAUGCAAGCUGAUGGACUGCAAGAAAUUGUCGGCGGAAGCAUCUAUGCACGCCGUUCAAAACGAGAGGCUGCCAUUGCGUAUUGUAGUUCAGGUUCUCUUCUUUGAGCAAAUGAGGCAGCAGGCUUCAUCACCCGGGGGCAGCAGCACUCCGGAUCUAUCGUCAAGCUCCAUUAGGGCCUCACUCCCGGCCGGAGAGUCUCAUGGAAGCUCGAGGUCAACCACAAGCAACACUGAGGAAGAGUGGGACUCGGUGCCAACAGCUGAGGACAUAAAGGCAUUGAGAGGCGAACUCGCCACCCUACGACUGGGAGGUAACAAUGGUAGUGGUAGAAGCCAAAAUGAUGGCGGUAAGGCCAGAACUACUGAUGCUGCUGCAAAUCAAAUGAAAGGUUUGGUGAUGUCAAGGAUGUUCUCAAAGCUAUGGUCGAGCAAAGACCGAAAUGGGGAGAUUAGCAGCUCCGAGACGUCGGAGAGUCCAGGAUCGAGCUAUGUGGAAGAGACUACUACCAAGUCCACCCCAUCAAGGAACAGGAGAAAAUGA